CCCUCUCAAUAUUCCAAAACCAACAUACACUAAAAUCCCAAAACAAAACAAAGAAACAACUCCUAACACAUCUCCUCUUUUAAUUUCUUUCGACUUUUCCGUCAUCAUUAUCAUUAUCAUUAUUAUCAUGACCGGGAAAAAAACCCUAAAUAGCUCGGUAGAAAGCCCGUUAUCGAGCAACACAUCCGAUAACUUCUCUAAAGAACUAGACAAGUUCCUUCCUAUAGCUAAUGUUAGUAGAAUCAUGAAAAAAUCUCUCCCAUCCAACGCGAAAAUCUCGAAAGAAGCUAAAGAAACCGUUCAAGAGUGUGUGUCUGAGUUCAUUAGCUUCAUCACGGGCGAAGCAUCGGAUAAAUGUCAAAGAGAGAAGAGGAAGACCAUCAAUGGAGAUGAUCUUUUAUGGGCUAUGACAACAUUAGGGUUUGAAAAUUAUGUUGGACCUUUAAAAGGUUAUUUAAAUAAGUAUAGAGAAAGUGAAGGGGAAAAAAAUAGCAUGGCUAGAAAUGAUGAAACUUCACAUGAACCAAUUAUAACUAGUACAAAUAAUAUUAUUGGUACUAGUUAUAAUAAUAAUAAUAAUAAUAAUAAUAAUGUUACAAGUUUCUCAUUAGCAAGGCCUGAAUUUAUUCAGAGCUAUAAACAAAAUUAUGGUGAGAAUUUGACGUCUAAAGCUAAUCUUCAUGGGGUUGGGUGGUAGUUCUUUUUCUUUUCUUCUUUUUUUUUUUGGAAAAAAAAAGUUAUUGUGUUUUUGUUUUUUAACAUAUUGCAUACGCCUUCUUUACAUUAUUUUUUAAUCGCGAGGGAAAUCCGUUGCGGCUAUGCGCAAGGGGAAAUUUUCGCUUUUAUACAAUAGCUCGCAGGAGAGAUAACCCACGUUAGGCAAGUUCGAUGCGACGAGCUCAAUCGAGAAGACAAAUCUAUUGUUUUUGCUGGCAAGGGGUUUUGAUUAGAGACCUCCAACAUAUGAAAGUUCCAAACCCAAACCACUAGCCACUGGAUACUUUUUUUUAGAUUAUAUUAUGUUUAUUUGCUUUUUUGUUUUUAAAUUAACAUAUUUUAUAGCUUUUAUAAAUUAGUAUAUUAGUUAAGUAUUGUAGUUGAAUUUAUAGGUUUGCUGAUUAUGUAUCUUUCUGAUGUAAUGAAUGAGCUGAUUCAUCAAUGCCAUGUUAUUAUUAUUA